AUGGUUCAAGACCUCGGAGAAUUCUCCCAGCACUGCGUGCACGAGCGAUCCCUCGAAAGUUCACGCCCUGCAGGAGAGAACCACUGGUUCCUUGCUGCAGACAUCCUCGACUUGAUCUUCUCCCGGCUCAACGAUGGACUCGAGCUGGGGAAGUGCUGCAGGGUGAACAGGCUGUGGAGUGAGAUCACAAACUCCGACAAGUUCUGGCAAGCUCUCGUCAAGAGGAGGUGGCAGAUCAAGGAGCUGGUGCGCUACUCCAGCGGUCCCCUGGCCUCGGAGCGCAACAGCUUCUUGAAGAAGAUCUACUCGCAGUGGCACAGGAGCUGCAGGCAGCCGUCGAGCAGCUUCUCAGGGGACAGGUACCCACCCUUCGCAUCCUCCAUGAGCAGAUCGAAGACUAGCCAGAGGUUCGAGCGCUUCCAUGGCGUCCGGUUCUCCCGUUCUUCGAAGCGCGCUGCUCCUGCCUCGGGGCCUUCGGUCUACAACCUGUACAUGUGGGUCAACUGCGUCCACUCCAGCGACUGCACGUUGAGCUCGAGCAUGCUGGGGCUCCAUGUCGUCGUGCAGAACUUCGGCAAAGUCCCCCUGCGCCUGUUCCCAGACCAAGUCUGCCUCCAGCUGAAGACGGGGGAGAAGCAGUAUGCAUCCUGGGUGAGGUGUGAAGGGGGGCAGCGGGGGGUGUACCUUGCUGUCGGGCAGGGGGAGGGGGUGGUUGAGGACCAGGAGCAGCUGGAAGGCUGCAAGGAGGUUGUGCUGGGACAGUGGGACUUUGCGGUGAUCGGAACUUGUUACUUCCACAUGCCAUGCGAGGCGAUGUUCGAGCCCGACGCGCUGGAACUUUGUGACGAGCUGAGCGUCUAUGUGGAGCGGGCGGAUGGUAAUGCAUCGUUGGAAGCUAUGAAUAAGGAGUCAGCGGACGAGUAUGAGGGAAGUUCGAGGCAUGUCACUGCCAAGUUCGACGAGAAUCGCAUAUGGCGACACUACACCGAAGUGAACUCCAAGUUCUGGGUGUUCCACGAGAGGCCGACCAUCGCAGGAGGUAUCUAG